CGCACAUCUGUCAAAUUUCGCGGGCUUUAAAGUAUUUCAUUACAUUUGUUAACAACCGUGCAUAGACAUUGUGUCUUCAAUUUUCUUUGUGAAAUCGGCAAUUUAUGUUUCGAAAUUUGUGAAUUUAACAACACAUUGUUGUAACAAGUCAAAAUGGUCUUCGCUAGUCUAUCGACCGGCUGCCUUUCUAACAUUUUGACUGGAGUCGAAUGCGGAAAGCCAGUUCUACAAGUGCUGGGCACCAAACGCUUGCCUGGAAGUGGAAAUGUUCGGUAUCGGCUUCUCGUCUCCGACGGAAAAUAUUUAAUUAGCUACGCAAUGUUAGCUACACAACUCAACAGCUACGCCGAUGAAAAUCAACUGACAGACAAUACCAUAAUUCGUGUCGACAAGCAUAUUGUGUCCGUGAUUUCCCAGGAAAAAAAAGUGGUCGUAAUUCUGGAAUUGGCCAUUCUGCAUCCCGGCACCGAGGUGAAAGUAAAAAUUGGUGAUCCAGUGCCGUUAAAUGAUGCAAACAUGCCGAAGACGAGCGAAACAGUAGCACCAAGUGAACCCGCUCCGUCAAGUAAACCAGCAAGUAAUGGAUAUAAGCCGAGCAGUAACGGUCUUGGAUCAAGCAAUGCAAAUUCAUCGCUUAACUCAUCUGUAAUGUCAAGCCAUCUAACUUCUCCCAUUGCGAGCUUGACACCAUAUCAGAACAAAUGGGUCAUAAAAGCACGCGUUACAUCGAAAACUAAUGUUCGCGAGUGGAAGAAUGCUAAGGGUGAAGGAAAGUUGUUCAGCAUGGAUCUCAUGGACGAAAGCGGCGAAAUAAGAGCUACCUGUUUUAAAGAGGCGUGUGACAAAUACUUCGAAAUGAUUCAGGUGGAUAAAGUGUACUACAUUUCCAAGUGUCAACUCAAAUCGGCCAACAAACAAUUCACGAGCAUCAAAAACGAUUACGAAAUGACUUUCAAUUCCGAUACGGUUGUAGAGGAAUGUGUUGGCGGCAACGACAACGUUCCAAAAGUUUCGUAUAAUUUGGUUCCUUUGUCCCAAAUUUCCCAGAUGGAAGCAAAUGCUACCGUGGAUGUUGCAGGCGUCUGUCGUGAAGUUGGUGACAUUUUCCAAUUUACUGCCAAGACGACUGGCCGCGAACUGAAGAAAAGAGAUGUUACUUUGGUCGAUCGCAGCGGAUCUAGUGUCAGCCUUACGCUUUGGGGACAGGACGCCGAAAAUUUUGAUGGCUCCGGUAAUCCGAUCGUCUUCAUCAAAGGUGGCAGAAUCAAUGAAUUCGGUGGUGGAAAGAGCAUUUCGCUGAACAGUGGCACUACGAUGAAACUGAAUCCCGACAUCAGUGAGGCUCAUCAACUUCGCGGAUGGUACGAUAAUGAUGGUCAAAAGCAAGACUUUUCCAGCAUUUCCUCGAGAAACGCUGCAGCCGGUUUUUCAACGGAUUGGGUGAACUUUUACGAGGCCAAGGCACGAAACUUGGGAAGUGCAGAGAAACCCGACUACUUUCAAUGCAAGGCUGUUGUUCAUUUGAUUAAAACGAACGCAUGUGUGUACAAAUCAUGCUCCAAAGCAGAUUGCAACAAAAAAGUCCUCGAUCAAGACAAUGGCAUGUUCCGAUGUGAGAAGUGUUCUGUUGAUAGCUCAGAAUUUAAAUACAGAAUCCUUCUGCAAGCAAGCAUUGCAGACUGGACGACCAACCGCUGGGUAACCAUAUUUUCGGAUCAAGGCGAAAAAUUGCUAGGACAUUCGUCUGAUGAAGUUGGCCGGGCCUUUGAUAAUAACAAAGAGGAAUUGGAAGAAAUGGUAUCGAAGAUUCUCUUCAAGGGCUACAUUUUCAAACUGCGAUCCAAGAUCGAAAAUUUCGGGGAUUCUCCACGAAAUAAAAUCCAAGUCAUGAACGUCGCACCGGUGAAUCACAAAGAAUACAAUGCCCAAUUGAUCAAAAACAUUCAGUCCCUGACUGGAGUUGGAAAAAAUUGAUUUUUUUUUUGUAAUAAUUUCUCUAUAUCGCUCUCAUCAUAUAAAACUAUUUGUUACUGGUAAAAUAAGAUGCCCCAAAUUCCAUUGAAAUAAAUGUUCUCGGAAACUUAAA